AAACUAAACCUUACACUUUGAAUGGUAUUUUCUGUGUUCUGCAGAUGCAAUUUCUUGGGGGUUUCAUAUUUGGUAGUCAUAGAGUUUGGUCAAAUUUCUUAAUCAAAUAAUUAUCUUUCUUCCUCUGACAAGAAAGAUAAUUGUACAUUGAAAAUUCUAUGAAGCUCGCUAUUUCUUGAUUUCUUGGUCAAGUCUAUUAUUCUAGGUUGCUUUUAAGUUUUCACAUUAUAAUAUUACUAUUAUUAUUAGACGAGGAGGGAUGACAUUGACCAAGACCUUCCGUUUGGCUUUAUGUAAAUAUCUCUUUAACUGUAAACAAAUAAACCCAUCUCAUCAUCUCCUAGAAAUUCCUUUCCAGUCUUCCUUCAUAAGCCCACAAAUGGAAAUGCUUCCCCAACCCAUUUUUUCAUCCACUUUUGUGUGCAUCAUCACCACCUUCUCCAUCUUGCUCCUUCUCCCACCAUCAUACAGCGAUGACAACAAUACUCCGGAGUAUUGUGUGCCUGAAUUCCACCGGAGAGACUGCGAACAAGAUGUUCCCACUAUAGACUUGGACCCCGAUGGUUCAUUCUUCCUGGAGCCCGCAAACCCAUCAGAUUACACAUUGACGAUUGCUUCAAUGAAUUUCGAGGCAUUUAUUUGUCCCGAGACACCACAAAACAAAAUUUGGCUGCUCCCUUUAUUGAAAUUCUCCGAACCCAACAAAAGCCUCCCUUUGUUCUAUAACUGUAAUCCAUUUCCGAUUCCUGAUUGCGAACCCAAUGACAACAACACAGCCCUCCACAUGAAUGAUUCAGAACCUGAGAGGUAUAAUCAUUCCAAUUGCAGUACUGUGGAAGUUACGGUUAAUCAGACGGCUUUCACCGAAGUCCAGAAGAGGGAACUGACAUUGCUUGCUGCUUUGGGAGAUUGGUUUGAUGGGGUGUUCAACAGUAGUGCGUUUUUAUGUAAUAAAGGGCCGAGGUUGGAUGAGAUAUGUCAGAGUUUAGCUCAGCCUCCAAAUACAAAAUUUUACCAGCGUCGUUCAGCUCCAGGUCCAGGUAUGGAUUACCUAUGCAAAAUCGUUUGUUUUUAAUUUGGUGUAGUGCUUACGGCUUAGGAUUAUUCUGUUCUGGCAAUUCGCAUUCAAUACACAAUUGAGUCUAUACUAUAACUUCCUGGAAACUCACUGCUUGACAUUGUUCUGGUGUACUUUGAACAAGUCAACGUGACUAGCAGCCUUGGUUGACUGGACUUUUAAACUUA